CUCCAACACCGCUGGUGGCGUCUUUUUUCCCACACAAUAGUUUGAACACGAGAAGAAGACGUGAUAUCGUGGUAGGAUAAUAGGUUCCCUAAAUGUGAAUGUAUUUCACAGUUUUCAGAAGUAGCCCAAAUGAACCAGCCCUAGAUGCAAAGUGAAGAAUAUGGGUAUAACCGAGGCAUGGAUGCUUAUGACAGUGUUGUGCGCGGCCAGCGCGAGUCCACCUUUGCUUACUGUUAAUCUGAACACACCUCCGGCGGAAAGAUGGGCUCCGCUUGUGGAGUUGUUUGACAAACAAUUCCUAAAACAAGUUGCAGCGGACGUAAUUGACUCAACGGUACCAAAAUGGGUUCACCAUGCAAUCAUCCCCGUAGUGGAAGCCUUGGCGAAGUACAUGCCCCAGCACUAUGCCGAAGAGAUCAAGGGAAUGGCCUCUUACUAUGGGUCUGAAACCGCCGACAUCGUUCUACUCAAUUUUGCCUAUGAAGUUACAGCAUUCUGCACUAGUAUCAUAGCGCAAGAUUCAAAAGGAAAUCUUUACCAUGGCCGAAACCUGGACUAUCCCUUUGAAAUCCUCAAGAACGCCACCGUUGAUGUCAGUUUUAUGAAAGAUGGGAAGGAGCUGUACAGAGGAACCACGUUUGCUGGCUACGUGGGCUUGUGGACAGGACAGAGUUCCAGGGGAUUUACUGUGUCUGGAGACCAGCGCUCUAAAGGGCAUUGGUGGGAAAACGUAAUUGCUGCAGCGCUGAAAAAUGCCCCUGCCAGCUGGCUAGUAAGGCAGACUCUGGAGGAAGCUGAGGAUUUCGAGGAGGCCGUGAUGCGGCUGGCCAAAGUCCCUCUCAUCGCUGACGUCUACUACAUUGUGGGCGGAGUUCACCCAGGGGAAGGGGUCGUGGUCACCAGAGACAGACGAGGCCCCGCUGACAUUUGGCCUCUGGACCCUACCAAUGGAGCAUGGUAUCGAGUGGAAACAAACUAUGACCACUGGUUGCCGACUCCCCCUGAAGAUCCACGAAGAGCUGCAGCAGUGAAGGCACUGAAUGCUACAGGACAAGAUAAUAUCAACUAUGACACGUUGUAUCAGGUGUUGUCUAUUCCACCAGUAUGCAACAGGUUUACCAUUUACACGACCAUGAUGAGCGCAGCUGAGCCAGAGCAGUACAAGACCGUGGUGAAAGAGUGUAUUCAGCAUGGCAUACAAUAGAAACAGACCACAACUCUUAUGGAUCACACUUCACUAGGCAGAGAAAUGACCUUGGAUUGUUUUCCAAUUCAUAUGUACUGUAAGUAGUCCACUAGAUGUGGAAUGCACUGAUAACUGUAUGUCAUUUUUUGUAAUUGAAUGCCACUUUUCUGCUUUGAUUUGGCCUUUUAAGGUUUUUAUUAACUAGAUGUAUUUGCAUUAAUAUAAACAGACCAAAAGUGAUCAUUGCAAGUAUUACCUGAAUGUUUAUGCUGCUAUUGCCUUAAUUCUGCUAUGAUUUGUUGGUUGCUUAGUUUUAUGUGCAUAUCCACUGGUUCAUAUUGUGUAUGUGCAUGCAUACAAAUCCUGACACAGUAAAAACCCAUGGGGAACUAAUAGUGACCUUUAUCUAAAGCGUAACAGUGACCUUUAUAAAUAGGUUUAUCAAAUGAGGAAAAAGGUGAAACUAGUUUUUCAAAGUCAGCAUAAUACUACUGUGCCUCCCGGAUAUUGUGAAGAAUAGGUUUUGUAUAUUUUCGAAUCCUCACAUUGCCACCACCUAACAUUUCCUUUCAAUUUAUAUUGAAUCGUUAACAUAUUUUUUAUGAAUCAUAUGAUAUAUAUUUUAAUAAAAGCUUUUGUGCUUUUUUAAUUAAAAAAAAGCUUUUGUAUGAAUUACAGUAUGGAGCCAAUUGAUUGUUAAAAGGUUUUGGACCAAUUUUGUGAAUGUUUUGAAUCAUUUCCUCUUGUUAAGCAUCUCAAUAAAUAUGUAUUGAAAAAUGCA